UCUCGGACAGCGAACCAGAACAAGCUGCCAGCUUUGACGGGGCCCCAGAAGAACAAGCUGAAGCAUUUGACCAUCGUCAGCUUAGCUUCCAGAAUGAAGUGCAUCCCUUAUUCGGUGCUGCUGAAAGACCUGGACAUGCGGAACCUCCGGGAGCUGGAAGACCUGAUCAUCGAAGCCGUUUACACUGACAUCAUCCAAGGCAAACUGGAUCAACGGAACCAAGUGCUGGAAGUGGAUUUCUGCAUCGGGCGGGAUAUUCAAAGGAAAGACAUCAGCAGCAUCAUUAAAACCCUCAAUGAGUGGUGAGCUGGGCCCCUCCCUUUCUCCCUC